GAGCCCUCCUCGGCGCGCGCCCGAUCGCUCCACGAAGGAGACAGAGAGAGGAGGGUGCGAUCCCUGCGGCGCAGUGGUGGCUCCCUCUGAGCGUGAGGGGGCACAGGGGCGGCGGAAUUCCGGGUCUGAGGGGCUCCGGCGUACCGGCAGCGGUGGAGCCCGCGGGCUUUGAGGGAAUUGAGGAGGAGGCCGUGAGGCGACACCGCGGCGCGGCCAUCUCCGUCGGCCGCGCCCGGAGUAAGGCAAAAGAGAAUGAAAGAAGCAGAUAAUCUUGACAGUAUAAAAGAAGAAUGGGUUUGUGAAACAGGAUCUGACAACCCACCUGUUAGUGAUAAUAGACAAAGGAAUUGUGAAUAUUUUGUUGAUAGCCUUUUCGAGGAAGCUCAGAAGAUUGGUGCCAAACGCUUGUCACCCACUGAAAAGAAGAAACAGGUAGAUGUAAGUAUAAAAUUAUGGAAAAAUGGAUUCACGGUCAAUGAUGAUUUCAGAAGUUAUUCUGAUGGUGCAAGUCAGCAGUUUCUGAACUCCAUCAAAAAGGGGGAACUACCUUUAGAAUUACAGGGGAUUUUUGAUAAAGAGGAGGUGGAUGUUAAAGUUGAAGAUAAGAAAAAUGAAGUAUUUAUGUCAACGAAGCCUGUGUUCCAGCCCUUCUCGGGACAGGGUCACAGAUUGGGAAGCGCCACGCCAAAAAUUGUUUCUAAAGUAAAGAGUAUUGAAGUUGAGAAUAAAAACAAUCUAUCUGCUGUCCCAUUAAACAACCUGGAACCCAUCACUAACAUACAGAUCUGGUUAGCCAAUGGGAAAAGGAUUGUCCAGAAAUUUAACGUUUCACAUAGGGUAAGCCACAUCAAAGACUUCAUCCAAAAAUACCAAGGAUCUCAGAGAAGUCCUCCCUUUUCUCUGGCAACAGCUCUUCCUUUCCUCAGAUUGCUAGAUGAGACUCUCACUCUGGAAGAAGCCGAUUUACAGAAUGCUGUAAUCAUUCAGAGACUCCAAAGAACAGCCGAGCCUUUUAGAGGACUUUCAUAGCAUUGGUUUUUGAUAGACUAAGUGGAAAAUUUGCAGAGAGAUGAUGGUUGUAAGUGGACAUGCAAACCAAAAUGGGAGAAAAGAAUAGUCAAAUUCACUGGACUUUUGGUUCAGGUACUGUUUAACUUUGAGAUUUUUUUAGUAAGUACAAAUUAGUGAAGUAAAAUAUGACUAGAAACUAUAUUCAGUGUACUUUUUCCAGAAGGCUGCUCAGAGAGAAUAUACUUAUUUUCAAAUACCAAUUAAUCAGUAUAAGGCAUAUUAUAAUAGCUAAUAUGGUAUAAAGUAGCAAAUAUGCUCACAGUCCCUUUCAUUCAAACCAGUGUUCAUUACCUUCCUACUAAAAUGUUAGUUGUCUCAGAUUAAAAAGAUGGCAAUAAAAUAAAAAAUCAUACUUUGUAGGCUAAUUGUUUUAUAACUGAAAUACAAUUAAAAGGCUGAAAGGCACUAUACCUUAACCUCAAAGUGUUCUCAAUUUUCAUUCUUUAAUGGCAAGAUAUACUCAAAUGUUAAUUUGGCAACAGUACCUAAGGUGUAUUUUCAUUUAAAGUUCUUUUCUCUCCAGGAACACCACCAAACCAGUCCAUCCUCUUUCUAUUUUAUUUCUCUUGAAAAUCAGAGCUUUAUUUUUAGCUGACAUUUGAGGUUAGUCAUUCAUUUGCCAGUACUCAUUUAGUAUCUGAUGUCUGUGUUGUCACACUAUUAGUUGAUAUUUUUAGUUGCAUCACUUAAAGUAUGGUUUUUUAUUUCAUACAUCAGAGUCAACCUGUGUGUACGUUAAAGGAUUAUUCAUUACAUUCUGAUGCCACGAAGGAAACCAUGGUUUGUAUCUUAGACUUAACUGAAACCAGUUAGACCUUGAUAUUUCACUGUCAGAUUAAAUUUCUUUGCCUGAAAAUGAUAAGUUUGAGAAGCUUCUUUGUUGGUGGACUUUUGAAUCAGAUUUGCAGUGAAGUAUGUAUUCAGGGUGUCAAGGCACUAAGUGCUGUGCCUACUGCCUGUCAUGUUUAUAGGGCACUGGAUGUAUAUACUGUAAAGCAGCAGUUCUCAAACCUGCUGGUCUCAACACUUUGGCUUAUGUGGGUUAUAUCUAUCAAUGUUAUAUUAGAAAUUAAAACAGUUAAAAAAUAUUCAUUUAAUAACAAUAAGCAUAUUUCACAUUAACAUAAACAACAUUUUUAUGAAAAAAUAGCUGUUUUACAAAACACAAAAAGAAUUAGUGAGAAAAGUAGCAUUGUUUUUUCCGUUUUUGCAAAUGUCAUUAAUGUCUGACUUAAAGAAGACAGAUGGAUUCUCGUAUCUGCUUCUACAUUCAAUCUGUUGCAGUAUCACACAUCAUAUAGCCACAGAAAAUGCCAGUGUACUCUCCUGAGCAAGUGAAAAUAGCAAAUAACUUCUUGGUGUGAAUAUGAAAAUAGUUUGAACCUUACAGACUCCCUGAAAGUGUCUCAGAGACCCUCCAGGGGUCCCCAGAACCAUAGUUUGAGAACCAGUGCUGUAAAACAAUGGUUUGCAGUAGUUCUCAAGCCCAGGGGAAGAGUCACGUGGGAAGCUUUUCAAAAAUCCUCUGCCUGCCACCUACCACACACGUUCUGAUUCAUUAUCUUUGGGAUGAGUCCUACAUCUCUGCAUUUUUAAUCUUAAGUGAUUCUUAAGUAUGUGGUCAAAGAACUACUCUUUGGGAAAUUUUGCACUAAGCUUCCACCUUAACAAAGCCUGCAUCCUUCACCAUGGGCAGUAAAGAUUUUCCACUGAAAUGAGGCUGCUAGACCUCUAAGUUUUGAUUCUCAUCCCCUGCAGUUUGCUCUUAGAGAAGUUGUUCCCCUUUAACCCAGAACUAAUGACAUAAACCUGUUUUAUCUCCUAUCACAGAGACAAGGCUGGGAACGUUUAAAUGAAGUUUUUAUUAAAGGCUCAGGAAUAGCAAAAGGGAAAUAUACAUACAACUAGAUGACCUGGCUUAUAGAGCUGUAUCUUGUGUUCACAGUCCAUUUUAAGAAUGCUUCUUUUCCUAGCUUCCAGCCUUCCGUGUGGCAGGUCCAUCUUUUUAUUGGGAAGGGAGGGAGGACAAAGGAGAGCCUUUCCCUUUUGUGCUUUUCCCUGAGAAAUGAACAGGUACAUAAUAGAAAAUAAGUAUUUAUUGUCAGCAAUGUUUACAGCAAUGUUAGAGCACUACCUAGAGUGAAACACAAAUUAUUGUAUUCUUUUUAAAAAGGGUAAAAUCAGUGAACGUCCAAAUAUAGAAAAUAACAUGAUGAUUGUUAAUAUAUGCACAAGAAUCUUUAAAGUGUUUCAUAGAGGCCUGUAUUAUAAAGCGUUUUAUAAUUUUCAUUUACAUUAUUAUAAUCAAAAUAUGAUUCACCAUGUAUAUCUAUAUAGGGACCUCUCAUUGGGAAUGUUCCAUGUGUGCAUAUAGAAAAGCCUCCUUUGUGGAUUUUCCUGUUACCCACAGUGUAAUCAGAAGAUACAUUGGAGAUUUUCUUGUGUGUACAGGUAGAAUACACCCAGUGAGGGGUCUCACUAGAGAAGAACCUGUCAUCAGCAAUAAUCCUCAUUUUGAAACUGUGAAUAAUAUUCUAAAUAUUAUAAUAAUGUGAAUAAUAUUCUGAAAAGUUUUUUAAAGUUAGAAUCAUUCAUUAAAGCUUUUUGCCUGAAAGUUAAAAAGUUGUAAACCUAGGGAAAAAAAAAUAUACAUAUUUGUUAAUUAAAUGUGUAGAAUACUCAAAUAGGCUGACUUUGGAAAACAAACUGAAAACGUCCUUCCAAGGGAAGGAAGACUUGAAGAUAAGAUUUUAGAUGUGGAUUACCAUUUGACCUAAACAGUUGUUUCCAAACUGUCAUCUGUUUCCUGAAAACUGUUGCUAAGGCUAAUAUACAGAAAUGCAGAUUCCAGUUUACUGGUUAAAUUACUAUGCAUUUAUCCAGAUUAGAAAAAUGAUCUUAUUUAUGUUAUAUACUUCUCAUUCAAUAUGCUUUUCAUUACUUUUCAGUGUGUUGAAAAUAUGUGUGCAUUGAUUUCAGUGCCUUAAAGUCUUUUGAAAGCAAUCUUUUGCUAAUGGUUAAAGAUCUGUUUUCUUAAGGGUGUAAUACUGUUCAUUAAAAGGAUCUGUGAAAUAAUAUACACGUGUUUGUUAUAAGAUACCUACGUAAAGUGGCAUUUGUCAUUUUUACUUGGCAGUCAUUCAGUUUGAGAAUCAACAGACAUUUAUUAGGUGCCUUCUGUGUGUCUUCGUGGCAUAGUGGUUAAGAGCUCGGCUGCUAACCAAAAGGUCGGCAGUUGGAAUCCACCAGCUGCUCCUUGGAAACUCUAUGGGGCAGUUCUACUCCAUCCUAUAGGGUCGCUAUGAGUCAGAAUCGACUUGAUGGCAAUGGGGUGGGGUGGGUUCUGUGUGUCAGAUACUUUAACCAAUGUUACUUUCAUUAAAUACUCAGAAAUGUACAAAUAGUAUUUUUAAUAGUACCUUAAUGAUUCUAUUUAUUUUUUAAACCAUUCUUGGUGUCCUGAGUUGGACUAACAUGACGACUCCUGGUAGGGUUUACUUCUUUGUUCUUUCCCUUUUUAAGUACAAACCAUUUAAUUAAAAAAUUGCUGAUCAUACCAAAUCCUCAGACAACAGUGGCUCAUUUAGUAGAGAUGAAUAUUUGAAUCUUUGUUAUUUGUUUUAAAUGUUUUUUUUGUACAAGUAAUUCAUAUUCAUUUUAGAAAAUUAUAAAAUAUAUGCUAAAAUGUUUUUUAAAUUACCUAUUCCACCAUCAAAGAUAAGCCCUGUUAACAUUUUGGUGUACAUCCUUUCAGGUUCUUUUAGUGUCUCAGUCUUUAGUUUUGUUUUAAUCAAAAGACAGCCUUCUUGGUUAUAGUAAUACUAUUUCAUCUAGUGAGAUUUAACUUAUUUGUCUUUUCUUAUUAGAAAUUAAAUUAGGAACGUAACAUCAUUAUACUAAAAUAAUAACUGUUAGGAACAAAUUCUUUUUAUUUUAAUUACCUUUCUGCGCAAAAAAAAAAAAAAAAAAAUUUUUU